GAUAGGACCCACAGUGGUUUUACUUGACGACAUGAGGAGCUGUGACCCCAAAUCCUGGGAAUAUCUCGAUCUUCUGUCUGAAUCAGCUCUCAUUAUGAUAGUAAUGGGUGUCCGCCCGAUUAUCAUUGACGAACCCACAUGUCCGGAAGCCCAAAAGUUCUUUGAGAAUCGCCAGAUCAAGACCAAAGAGGUGGACCUGAUGGAAACUCGUCACAUGACUCCGCUCGCCUGCCAGAUUCUUGAUGUUCAGCACAUCCAACGGGAGUUAGAUCUGUAUUUGAAAAUGUUAAGUCACGGAAUUCCAAAAUGGACGGAAAGGCUGAUACAACACAUGUAUGAGAGUAAACAGCUGCUGAUAGUUGAGGAAGACCACAAGCCAUCGGGUAUAUCAACCCUUUCACCCCAGACCGACCUGCUCAAUAAAAAGCCUAGUAAAGAACGAAGAGCUGCCAACAUCGACAGAAGAAAACAUGCCAUUACUUUUGAGACUAGUUUACAAACAUCCAAUGCCGAAGAAAGUUCCGGUAACACCAGUGAAAUGCUUGGAUUCCUUGGGUACGUUCAGCCAAAGACUGGGACCGUGAACCUGAGGUCGUCUGUCAUGACCAAAGUGAAGAUGGCACAGAGAGUUGCUAUUCUGGUCGAGGGAAUCAACACGAAGGACUUGAAGAUUCCAGAAGCCAUGACAAAUAUGGUUACAGCUAGGUUAGAUUCAAUGCGCGCCAUGGAUCAGCUGGUAGUCAAAUGUUGUGCAGUGAUCAAUGCUCCAUUUUCACUUGACAUUGUCAAAGCUGUUCUUCAGAAAUCCAACAUAUUCCAGGUCUCUUUGUCAAUGAAGCGUUUAUUUACAAACGGAACUUUCGAAUGUUCUGAGUACCGACGCGCCCGGAAGUUGUCUUACCUAGAUGACUCGGCAUAUUCUCAGAAUCUGUGUUAUUGUCAAAACCAAGUGUCGGCUGACUCAGACCACAUGUGCAAAAAACUCAGUUUCAGAAACUUCCUCCUUCAGACGAUGGCUAGUAAUGUUCUAAUGGCGACGCAGCGUCAUGAAAUUCACGUGCGCGUAGCGGACUAUCUUCUAGCAGACGUCAAAGAGAACCGGAAAUAUCUGCCAUUUUACUUAUUUUCGACUACGUCAUCAUCACCACCUGGAAACAGAAAGGCUUCUAAUGAUGAGGAGGUGAAACCAUUUCUAAACGCCACAGAUCUAUAUGAAGAUAUAUCUCGAUCAGGGAACACUACUGACUAUGUUCAGCAUCUCAAGAAUGGUUUUAACAGUGAGAGAAAGAACAUGCUAUCAGCUCUUCUUCCAGUAUACAGACGAGUCAAGGAACAUCUGUAUAAUGCUAAUGAGUACGGAAGACUGUUGUACCUAAUGGUGGAAGCUAGUGCUGUAUCUUUGUCCUUAGAAAAUACAUCUCAUGGUUUGUUAUUUGCGGAAGAUGCUGAAUCAGUUUUAGAGAAAAUCCUUCAAGAAAGACCGGACAUCAACUCCACCAAUUUACUCUAUACCACUGCUUGUAUCCACAGAUUGUCCGCUCAGGCUUUACGGAUGUCGGGUCGAUCUGAAAUGGGAGCAGUCCACUUGAGGAAGACUUCAUCUAUACUUAAAUUGGAUCAUCCUUCAACUCGCUUGAGUUAUCUGUUCAAAAUGUUGAAAUAUGACAAAUAUCCAACAAAGAUUCUACAGCUUGAAGAAUUCGCUAAUAUUACGCAAAGCGACUCGGAAGCAGAUCGCUAUAUUCUGGAACUAAUCAACUGUUUAAUAGAGUUCUGUCAUCAUCACAAAAUCAGAGGAGACUUCAGAAUGUUACAUCUGGAUUUAUUGAGGUUGCUUACAGUUUUAAGGGCGACAUCCCCACAUCCGAUACAGAUCUUGGAAGCCUGUCAACUUUUAUUGGAAUUCUACAGACUAAAGAAACGGUUUGACAUCAGUUUUGAUUUAGAAUUACAGCUUUUUUCAAUGAGUGUAUAUUACGUGGAGUCUAUAAGUUAUCACCAUAUUGAGAAGUUGGUAGAAUGUUUAAAACAAAGUAUUAGCAUCAGUUUAGACCAGGGAAUGGUUCAUAAAGCUCUUGUUUCGGGACGAACUGCAGCAGCAAUAUCAAGAUUAUUUGAAGAUGAAUUAUUGAUGAUAAAAACUCUACCAACUCUGGGAAUGGCAACCAUUCUAGAUAACAGUUUAGACGAGAGUAGAGAUAUUUUAACCAAAUUAAAAGAAACUUGUUUAACUCAGAAUAAACGUAAAGAGAGAGCCUGGUAUUUCAAUCUCACAAUGGAGUUGCUGCUCAUCAGAGGUUAUUCCAUAGAAUCGUUUCCAAGAUGUCUGUCGACACUGUCUCUGUAUCUGAAGGACUAUGAUGUCGUCCACGGUGAAACUGUGGCCAGGUUUUAUUCUGCAAUGUGUAUCGCUACUUGGUAUUGUCGACAGUCUGAAUGGAAGCACGGUCAGAGAUGGUUCGACUACUGGGACUACUACCAGCCUGAACAGAUAUCUCUCCUCUCUCUGCUAGCCAGAUUGAAGAAACUCGAGUGUAUGCUGCUAUCUUUAUGGCUGUCUCUGAAUGAGGAUGUCGCCAUUUCCUUUAAAAGAAUAGAACCUGGGGUCAUACAGGAAAUCAAGCUAUUCCAGGCAGCACUAAAAGAAAUACCAGGAAUAAUACCGAGAUUCUAUCAUCACCUCGCUUAUUAUUAUCUUUUAAAAAACAAGAGAACGAAGGCGAAGAAAUAUUUAAAAUCGUCGAUGAAGAUUUCAUUCGAGCAGGGCAAUAAAUUAGACUGGGGCUGGGCUUGGAGCACGUGGAAAUCGUGGCAUGACCCAGAUUUGGCAGAAAGUGUUUCAGAAUGGAAUAAACUCAUACAAAAUCACGACAAUUCGUUCGAUUGGACUCGAACCACUGAUACUUAUACUUCUAAUAUUUAUUAUCCGUUUCCUCUACCUCCAAAUUUUAUAUAUUUCAAUAAAAAUACAAUAAAGUUAUGAAAUUUU